CUCAUUCCUUUUUGCUGCUGUUACUUGGGGAAAGUAUGAUUUUUUAAAUGUAUUUCAAUUAUCAUUUUUUGAAUGUUUGCUCAUGUAUUGCUUGGUACUAGUGAAAGAGAGGUUAAUACCCCCCUGGGUGUUGAAAUUGGGUUAGCAUCGUUGCUCCUAAAGUGCUUGCUGACCUACUUCCAUUGUUUCAAAUUGAAAGGGGAUGGGGUCUGAAGUUGCAGGUAUUUUUGGAGGGCAACUGCACACCCUGGCGGACCUUCCUUCUGCAUGGAGUUUCAGACCCCAUCCUUUUCGGUCUUUCAAACGGUUUUGAAAUUUUAGUGCAGGUUGCUUCUACAAUGAAGGGACUGAAGCUGUUUAAUUUCACAGACUCCUGUAUUUCAGUCUCAUUCACUUCAAUGGAUGUUGAAUAGCAAAAAUGUAUGCGUGGGAUUACGAAUUUCAUUUAUCAGUAGAAAAAGUAUCAAUGUCAAGUCCUUGAUAGUCACGAGAGCGACAAAUGCAAAUGCAGAAGCGUUUUCUUUAAAAAGUUUGUUUUUUUAAACGAACGCACGCAUCUGGUUAAUUUGGAUGAAGACUGAAUGCUUGAAUCCAAACCACACUAUUGACCCAGAACUCUACACUUGCUGAACUUUUCCCCCCAAACUGGACAAAAAAACCUUGCAGACAAGCUGCAUUCAGUAUAAUUGCAUCACGGUAUUGAAUUACCCAAUACUACAGCGGUGUAGUCUCAUAUGCUGCUUGUUAUUCAAGCUGCAACGAUCCUUGCUCUUGGGAGUGCAUUUGGGAUAUCUCGUGCAGUCCGCCAUUAACAAGGAUACAGUAACUGUCCGCGUUGCCAUGGUGAUGCCCACUGCUAUUUUUCUUCAAUAAAAACUUCUCAAAGCACUUUCAGUGAACUGGAGAGGGGAUAUCAGCAAAGAAACCAUGACUGCAAUAAAGAUGAAGCCCCUGGGAUCAGGGCGCGUGCGGCCCACCAGGACGCCCUUCCUGGAGAGCCUGACCCGCAGUAUGAUCAUUCUCUGCACCUGCCUGGCGGUGAUCCUGUCCUCUAUCGCUAUCUGCGAUGGCCACUGGCUGCUGGCGGAUGGGCAGAUGUACGGGCUGUGGCACCUCUGCACCGUGGAGGCUCGUGGGGGGACCGGCCCGGGGGCCGUGGUCCCGGAGGCGGGGGCCCCGCCCAACUGCACCACCCGGCUGAGCGCGGCUGGGAUGGGAGGGCUGGAGGUGGGGAUGGGGUUGUGCCGGUCUUUGACCUCCCUGGCUGUGGUGGGCGCCAUCUUUGGCCUGGAGCUGCUGGUGAUGUCGCAGGUGGGCUGGGACCAGGACUCGGGACGGCGCUGGACCCUGGGCUCGGCGCUGGUGCUGGUGGCUUUCGCCCUGUCCGUCAGCGGGAUGCUGGUCUUCGUGAUCCUGCUGCACUCCCUCGCCUCUCCCCUGGGCUUCACCCUCACCUUCUGGUGCCAGUUCACUGCCGUCUUCCUCUUCUUCCUCAACGGAACGGCCGCCCGCCACAUCCACCACAUUGUGCUGCCCCCCGCUGGUGGGCCAGGGAAAUGCUAGGCACGAGACCACCUCAUUACUUCCAGGCCAAAACCUGCAUAUUAAUUUUACUUCUAAAGAGUGUGUAAAUGGUUUGUGCAAUAUGCUUCAUAUACAGUUAAGUGAAAAAAAAGUAUGUGGGGAAUAGGGGCACAUCUUUUUUGUGUUAGAAAAUAAUUGCACCUUUGUCAAAGUUUUACACAUCAGAUGACCUUUUUCUCAUUCAUGAGCAACUAAAUCUACAAACUUUGUAACGCCAUUAUUACUAACAUUUCAAAUCUGAUGCCACCUUUAAUUUUUGUAGCAAUUUCAUAAUAAUUCAUCUUAAAUUAAUUUUAUUUUUUGGUGUCGGCUUUUCUUGAACAUUUUCAUAAUUACUUAAUGCUAGAUUAUCCUUUUAAUAUACAACUUUAUGAUUUGUCAUUUGCAUGUGGAUCAGAAUAAACUCACUUCUGUCUGCAUUUCAGGCAAAAUCUGUUCACUUCACUGUUACCCUUUCCUUUUUGUAACCCAGUUUGGAGUAACCAGUGGCUUAGCAUAUCUGAAAGCAACAUGAUGACUGUUCAAAUACAUCUGGUCAAUUUUUGCUUCUGAUUGGAUAACAUUAAUGGUGAUCCAAUCAGACUACUCUGUGUUCGUCAGGCAGUAUAGUUUAUUUGAGGGCAGAUGAAAUACAUUGAUUCUGUGCAUGUUAUUUUAGCCUGCAUUUAUUUCCUGUGCACCUGACCAGAAUCUUUUAUCGCAGUAUCGUCGAACUGCAUAAUGCAAAUCCGUUAUUGUGUGACAAAGGUCGUCCCCUCAGCUGGGCUGAUUCACCGCUCACUCCCUCUGUAUGCGCAUUAAUGAAUCAACAGUGUCUGUGAUUGAUUUACAGACAUUACAGCUACUCUCACUGUCUCUACCUUCGUCUCGUGUCUAAAGAGUAAGGUGAUAACAUGUUGAUGCUCAUCAGUAAAACUGUCAGGUACUGUGUAAAAUAAAUGUAUUAAAUGUGCUGGGUAAAGAGGAAAUUAGAUGAUAAAAUACUGCUAUUUCUGCGU